UAUUAAAUGUCUGGUGAAAUAAUUCCAUUAAAAUUAGUAGUUAACACAAUAGAUGAAGCAUCUAUUGGAUUUGUUUAUCAAAAGUCUGAUUCAGAGGAUAAAAAAUAAUGGAUUUACAAAAUUUUUCUGGAAAAUAUUUAUACAAUGGAAAAAGUAACUCGUGAAGGUGCUGAAUAGAGGAUUCUUGAAGAUCAUUAAAUUUUAUAGAAAGGGGGGAAUUUGUUAAAAGAGAAAGUAAAAUACUAUUUAAUAGAAAUAGUUAGGUGAAGCAAUAAAUGAAAUAAUUAAGAAAAGAAAUAAGAUAAGAAGUAUAAUAAAUUAAUUAUUUUAGAUAAAGAAAAAUCUAAGAAAAAGGUUGAAUCUGAUAGUCUUGCAGAUAUGGAAGGUGUGGCUGCAAAAAUACCAUCUACAAAAAGUAAAUGAAUAAUUUAACUAAAUAUUUUUAAAACAAAAG